AUAGAAAGAGGGAAAAAAAGAAAGGAAAAAGGUGGCAGCUGAGUGAUCUUGUGAUUUUUUAGAUGCUCAACCAUUGAACUGCUACUCAUUUUGAUGGAGUCCACCACUAAAUCUCUUCACUUUACCCUCUACAAAAUUUACCACUCCAACUCCAUAAACCCUCUUCCCCAAUUCAAUCAUCUUCAUUUCAAAUUCCGUCCCAUCUCUACUUUUCGCCUUCAAGCUUCCAGACGCAUUUCCAAUUUUUCUCAGGGAGGUGAUGAUUUGAUCGGCGAUUCCCGAAAUUGGAGCCGUCAUCGAGGCUCAGGCAACAUAGUGACCGGAGAUCAUGAUGAAGCUGAAGAUGAUGAAGACGAAGAAGAGGAAGAUCGAAGUUUGGAUCUACUCGUUAAAUUUGUACAGAACGUUUUCAAGAAGCUUUCUCGAAAAGCUAGGAAAGCUGUUCGCUCCGUUUUGCCUGAUUCAAUUUCUAGUCAAUUGGUGUCAUUUUCUGUAAAUGGAGUUAUAAUUUUGACAUUUUUGUGGCUAUCAAAGGCAGUUCUUGAGGUAUUUUGCACCCUUGGGAGUGUAAUUUUUGCUAGUAUCUUACUUAUUCGAGGAGUAUGGACAGGCAUAUCAUACUUGCAAAAUAAUCGCAACCUUAGAACAGAUGAUGAUGAUGGUCGUGCAUGGAGUGGAAUGCAACCUGCAAGUUAACUAACUGGCUGGACAAUGAGAUCCCAUAGUAUUAUUCCUGCUAGACUGGAAAGUAGCUCAUGGAGAUAACAAGAAGUUGAGGAGCUGAUGGCUACUCUGAUUUUAUUCGGAAACAAAAAAUUUCCUAACACAAUAAUUGGGUUAAGGCCUUUUGAAUGAAAUCCCACAAGGUCGAAGCUGUUAGGUCUGUGGACUGUGAUGUGUAACUAGGAUGUCAACUUUACUUCACAAAAUUUAAACACUAUUAAUAUGGAGCACCAAUCCAGAGCGCGUUUAUUUACUU